AUGACUGGCGGUUCGCAGACAGGCACAAAUUGGUUGCACACAUCGGAUGGAUGUCCCGGGUGGGCAUCAUAUUUUCUCAGCCUUGGAUACACAUUCACUUCGGGGAAGAAAUUCAAAAUUUGGCCGCAGGCACACUUUCACCUCCAGUGGCCCAGGACUGGCGAACCUGACCAUCAGAGCUUCGAUAACUUCUUCGCGACUGGUUCUUACGGAUGGGGUGAGGGCGAUCGACGCACAGACGCUGGCAUCAUUGCGCUGGAGCCCGAAGGUCCCCCGUUCGAGAAUCAGAUAAUUGGUACUUGGCCAGCUCGACCAUAUGGCAUCGGAAGUCUGCCCUUGACAUUCGAUCCUCCGAUCACGGAUGUUGCCAAGGACUUGCCUACCCAGCGCAUCAAUUUAACAAGAAGUGAUCGCAGCAACUGUAUUGUACAGCAGAACCCUCCUAAGCGGUUGUCCAAUUUGGCAAAUUUUCCUGUCUUGUUCUAUGUCACAGAAGCAAGCUACCAUGCAUACUACGAUUACUGUACUCUGGCUUUUAGGGAACAGGCGGGUAUGCAGGUUGACUACAUAGACUUACCGGAAGUUGGGAUUCGUGACAACGGUCAUUUCAGCUUCAUGGAGAAAAGCAAUUUGCGAAUUGCUCCUUUGCUGAAUGCCUGGAUACAGAAGUUUGUGUAG